AUGUGGGUUCAGGAUAGAGGAGAUGAUGGGUGUAGUAGUAGCAGUGGAGUGAUCCUUUUCUAUUGGCUGACAGUGGCUCCUCUUCUUGCAGGGAAGUAUUACAUUGCCACCAUGACGAUGAUCACGGCCUCCACCGCCCUCACUAUCUUCAUCAUGAACAUCCAUCACUGUGGCCCCGAGGCCAAGCCCGUCCCCAGGUGGGCCAAGAAGUUCAUCCUGCAGUACAUGUCGCGGAUAUUCUUUGUCUACGAGGUGGGCGAGAGCUGCAGGAGGCCACAAACCGAGCCAGAGGGGCCCCCCAAAGGAACGGCCAUAAACGGGCAAGCCAAAUGGGAGGAGCCUGUGGCAACCGGACAGAAGAAGUGUCCAUACAGCGGCUCCAACACCAAGAUGGCGAAGGAGGAGCUGGACUGGGGGUGUGAGGACGAUCACAAGGCCUGGAGAGAGGCCGCUGGGAAAUACGAGCGCUCCGAUCACGGCAAGGGUGGGAAGGGAUGCCGGAGCCAUUGUCUGUGCCACAAUGAACGCCUGCUGAAGAACGUUGAAUACAUGGCCAACUGCUUCCGGGAGCAAAGGUCGGCUCAGAAACGGACCGGCGAGUGGAAGAAGGUGGCCAAGGUCAUGGACCGCUUCUUCAUGUGGGUGUUCUUCAUCAUGGUCUUCUUCAUGAGCAUGCUCAUCAUGGGCAAAGCCAUCUGAAGGAGGUUCUGAUGGAUCCGGGCCG